AUGCGUCAGGUGGCACGUGCUGAGCUGGGAGAGUGUGAGCACCCAGAGCACACACCCGAACUCGUGUCUGAAUUCAGGUUUGCACCAAACCAGACCGAAGCAAUGGAAUUUGACAUUUUUCAGAAAUGGNNNNUUCUUAGGGGAAAGAGCCCAGCGCAGGCUGAGUUGUGCUACUUGAACAAAGCUAAAUGGCUAGAAAUGUAUGGUGUAGAUAUGCAUGUAGUUAAGGGGAGAGAUGGUUGUGAAUAUGCUCUUGGACUGACACCAACAGGCAUAUUGAUCUUUGAAGGAGCCAACAAAAUAGGCUUAUUCUUUUGGCCUAAAAUCACAAAAAUGGACUUCAAAAAGAGCAAACUAACGCUUGUGGUUGUAGAAGAUGAUGAACAGGGCAGAGAGCAAGAGCACACAUUUGUUUUCCGGUUAGACAGUGCCAAAACAUGCAAACAUUUGUGGAAAUGUGCGGUGGAGCACCAUGCUUUCUUCAGAUUGCGAGCCCCAGCAAAUAGUAAAUCUAGUAGAUCCGACUUCAUAAGGCUGGGAUCACGCUUCAGAUUCAGUGGGCGAACGGAGUAUCAAGCAACACAUGGGACAAGAUUACGCAGAACUAGUACUUUUGAAAGAAGGCCCAGCAAGCGAUACCCUUCUCGAAGGCAUUCAACUUUUAAGGCAAACAAUCCUGUGAAAGCAGCACAACUGUGUGCUAAAAAUACUCCUGAAGUCCAUAACUACCAGCCACAGUAUCAUGCUAAUAUACAUCCUGCUCAGCCACACUGGCAUCCACAUACACCUGUGAAUGUAAGCUAUCCCUUGAACAACAGUGAUCUACAUCAGUUCAACAUCGAGGAGAAUGGUGGAGCACCAUAUACCACAAAAAUGCCUGCAAGGCACCACCACCACCACCGCCAUCACCACCACCACACAAAUUACGGCGCGCUUACUCCCGACAGCAAGGACAUUGUUUCUGGCGUUCCAAACCCAAACAAACUGAGCUCAGGACUUCCCCUUCUUUAUGAUGAAACUUCUCAUCUGAAGAAAAUAGAAACAGAGAGUGUGAAGGUCGUUGGACCGUGGCCAGCCCUGCACGUCAGCAUGAACAAGAUAAAGACAUUCCCUGCUGAUACAUCUAAUCCUUUUUUCGAUCCUUUUACAACAGUACCACAGUUUUCUGCAGAAUUUACAGACAGCAAAUUGCAAUGCUGUGCGGUGCAGUCGUCUCCGAAGAUAACGCUGGUAACGCCGUCGCCCGUCCUGAGAUCUUUGGCGGACACUAUACCCACUCCAACCGUCCAGACAAUAUAUACGUCGCAUAAACCGAUCUCGCUGGCAGACAGCGCUGAGACUCUGAGGCGUGAACUUGAGAGAGAGAAAAUGAUGAAAAGACUCUUGAUGACAGAAUUAUGAAAUUCGCACUUCCGUCAGAUGGAGAAUGGAUUGGGGCCUUUCAUGUGCCUUCUGUCUGUUUACAUUCCUCUGCUUCUGUGUACUCAACAUAAUACAUCGGGAAAAUGUGUGAUAUUCCUGGCUCGCCUGGAUUCACCACGGUUGGUUAAAAUGAAGUCUCGGAUAGACUUUGACUUGAAGGAGUUCCUUUAUUCAUUUGCUGCUGGGAAAUAAACCUUCAAUCCUUUAUCUCUCCUGAGGUUUUAUACUAUUAACACAAUUAAUUUCAGGUUUGGUUUUGGUAAAUCUAGGGCAAAAAGGAUCAGCAAGGAGCAUACUGAUUUCUAUUGGGAAACACUGUUCUGUACAUAUGUUAAUAAGUGCACAGAAAUUAAUGUUAUGCAGAAUAUUUUGAUAGUAACAUAGAAAAUAUGUCAUUUUGUACAACUGAAAAUUGCAAUGAGCUACUGCUAUUUGUUAAAGAACCGUUUUUAAAGCAGAAGAAUGAUUAUUACAUCCUAACCCCAGGACUGUUGGUCUCCACGAAAAAUAAACGGCCGUCUUAUUAAAUUCCUAACCUUAAACUUCACUCAGAGAUAUAAAUAGCUGCAAGGGGGAAAGACACCCCACCAACAGCUAUACGCACCCAACACUCC